AUAUGAAUUCAUACAUCUGUCAGCCUCAGCAAACCCAAGAAGGAAAAAAAAAUGUGACUGUGAGCUACUUUUUGAAUUCAUUGUCCCACAAUCUGUCAUCUAUUAAAGGAGGGUCGUGAUUUGGAGUCAAUGCACAGCACAUUUCUGAACACGCUGUCUGGAUUUAUUGUGCAGAAAAUAGUCGACAGGAUGCAAAACACAGUGCAGGAACUGAAAGCACCUUCAUAUGAGUUUAACAGCAGUCCUGUCGUGCAGCAGAGCUGCUGCUGCUGCUGCAGAGCCGCUGUAAUGUGCCUGGGACAGAUUUAAUGAUAGGGAGAAUAAAAAAUAAAAAAAAAGGUAAUUGUCUGCAGGAUGGUGUCUGUGCGCGCUGAAACGUCCUGAUGGUGUCAUGGUGUUAAACGCGCUGUUAGUAAUGAUGCCUCACAAUUAAUUGGCUGAUGGUGAGGCUGGUUAUGAUGUAAUCUCUGCCUCCCUCUCUCCAGCCCCCUCCCUUCACUCGCUCCCCCUCUCUCUCUCUCUCUCUCUCUCCCGUAUCCCCACCUCUUUUCCGUCUUUCUCUCCUAUCCUAACCAACAUGGCCGCUAAGUCGGAUGGAGCAGCGGUGUCUGUGGAAGAUGACAACACGCCCAGGAGCCUCUCGGAGCCGGGGAACCCCGUCGCCCGGCCCCGCUGCAGCGCCGCCGGCGGGAAACCCUACACCAUGCUGGACUGCUGCUGGGUGCUCUGCGCCCUGCUCGUCUUUUUCUCCGACGGCGCGACCGACCUGUGGCUGGCCGCCGACUACUACCUGAGAGGUGACUACUGGUGGUUCGGCUUGACGCUCGUCUUCGUCGUGGUGCCCUCGGCUGUCGUCCAGGUAUUGAGUUUCAGGUGGUUCGUGUACGACUACUCGGAUCUGAGCAGCGGGGACGGAACAGCGAGCGGCAGCGGGACCGGAGCGGCGGCGGCGGCAGGCGCGGCAGUCGGAGCGGCCACGGCGGGCGACACUUUAAGCACCAAGGACAGCGACCAGCGCGGUGGGUGCGCGGUGACGGGGAACGCCGCGAAUGCUACCCCGGUUUACACGUCCUCUGCCCCGCCUGCGACGGCGGGGAGAGUCGGGGCCCCCCGGAGGUGCUGCACCGUCUGCAUGUGGGUCUUUCAAACCGUGCUCCAUGUCCUGCAGCUGGGGCAAGUCUGGAGGUACAUCCACGCCCUCUACCUGGGCGCCCAGAGCCGCUGGCACAGCGACGGGCCCCGCCGUCACUUCCACUGGCGGCUGAUGUUUGAGAGCGCUGACAUCACCAUGCUCCGCCUGCUGGAAGCCUUCCUGAAGUCGGCUCCGCAGCUCGUCCUCCAGCUGAGCAUCAUGAUCCACGGAAACACCGUCCUCCCUCUGCAGGGUCUCUCUGCCUCUGCCUCCCUGGUCUCCCUGGCCUGGAUGAUUGCCUCCUACCAGAAGGUUCUGCGAGACUCCCGCGACGACAAGCUGCCCAUGUCCUACAAGGCCGUCAUUACCCAGAUGCUGUGGCACUUCUUCACCAUCGGGGCGAGGACUGUGGCCUUCGCCCUCUUUGCUUCUGUCUUCCAGCUUUACUUCGGCAUAUUCAUCGUCAGCCACUGGUGUGUCAUGACCUUUUGGAUCAUCCAAGGUGAGACCGACUUCUGCAUGUCCAAGUGGGAGGAAAUCAUCUACAACAUGGUUGUGGGUAUCAUCUACAUCUUCUGCUGGUUCAAUGUCAAGGAGGGCCCCAGCCGCUUCCGUAUGACCGUCUACUACUCUGUCACGCUGGCUGAGAACGUGGCACUCACGGCUGCCUGGUACACAUACCGCGGCCCGCACACCUCCGACUCCUACGCCCUGGUGGUGGUGUGCUUGGUGGCUUGCAGCUUUGCCCUGGGAACCUUCUUCAUGUUGGUGUACUACUGCUGGCUGCACCCUGACGGGCCUGUUCUGGGCUCCCAGUGGGGAGGAUGUGUGGACGAGGGCGCGGUGGGAGGAGGAGGGGUGGCGGGAGUGAUUGAUGCUUGUCUCACCCCAUCCCAAGGGUCCCAAACAGACAUGGUGAUUACCAGCCCUCCGAGAACUCUCCCUAGGACUAAAGACACAGGGGAGCCGGUUCCUGGGGAGCGAGAAAGGGACAGAGACAGGGACAGUUGCCUGCCUGUCUUCCAGGUACGUCCCUCCCCUUCCUCCUCUCCUGCACUCCUUCACAGGACCUCCUCCUCAUCCCGUGCACAGGAGGGCCCCGUGAUCCGGAUCGACCUCCCGAGAAAACGAUACCCGGCCUGGGAUGCGCACUUUAUCGAUCGGCGCCUCCGCAAGACCAUUCUGCUUCUGGAGACCACAUCAGCCGUCAGCCCCAGGAUACAGUACAGGAGUAGCAUGAUGGGCAGCAAAGAGGUAUUAGAAUACGAGACAACUGUCUAAGCCAACAGGGGCUCUUAAACUUAAAAGUGCAGUCUGGGACCAAGGCUCAGCCUGAGAUCAGUUCUCAUCCCAGGACUACCUACGCCAGAGAAGCAUGGAAAGGUGACACAGAGUGUCAGGCAACUCUUUUAAGAACAAAAGGUUGUCAAAACUUGAUUGUAAAAUGUAAAGCGCAAUCUGUGACCAAGGCUCUUCCCUUAGGGCGCGGUCCAGGAGUAAGUAGCAUGAAUGAGCCGUGGGAAGUAAAUGGAGUAACACUGAACUGGGAUAAUCUUCAUCUUUUCUCAAAGCUUGGAGGUGAGAAAUUGAAUCUCUCAUCCUGGGACCGAGGAGUGUUAGAUUUUGUUUCAUCAUGCAUGGUCAGAACAAGACGUAAAAGGAUUUGAGAGCAAUGAAGUUGUGGAGUUUGAGAUAACUGAGAAACAGUCUGAUGCAUGAACUCGAGCCUCGGACUCCGGAGAAUCAACAGAGACUUACCAGGGAACUUUUAGAGACUUGGUUGCUAGAGUUUGCACAGGACAUGCAAUCAUUUUGGUUUGGUAGCAAAAAAGACGCUGACAGAAAAUAAAUACAGCUUCAGUGAUUUGCAGGUCGAAGGAUACCUAAACGUCUGUAAUAAAGCUGGGCUGAAUUUGAUUGAAAAGAUUUCUGUUUAGAAACAUAGGUUACAUAUCAUAGGUUAGAUUGGUGUUUAAACAGCACUUAAAUUAGUAUGUAUAUUUCAGUAAAUAUUAUAGUAAAGCAGGACGUAACUACAUGAUGAAAUAGACUAAAAAUGUAACUCAAUCUAUAAUGUAGAUGUCUCACUUUUCAAACAAAUCCAGUCCAGUUUUAAUCGACAUACAGAUUUCUUUCUGCCUCCAAAUCACCAAUUCAUUCACAGAGUAUGCUUCAUACUGUAAGAAAUGUUAUACAUGCAGUUGACAUUACAGCCGAGAGACAGAGAGGAUUUCACAUUUUUUAUUUAUUAUGCCGUCAUUCCUCCAAAAGGUUGCAUGUCCUUCACAAACGUCGGUAACAGCCCUCUGUCCGUGGUGUCUAAAGACAAAUGCAGUCUCAUACUUUGGGCUCCAGUCUCAUGAGAACACAAGGACCCAUGAAAUGUAGGAUCACAAGUCUCACAGUUUAGGUCCAGAUGGUUUUUGAAACUUAGGCCUGAGUGACAGGUGUUAACAGUACAUCCAUAUGUGAUACACAAACAGCCAUAGCAAAAGUCCCAGUUUACAUCCCAGCUGCUCCGUCACCCCUCGACCUGAAGGAGGACUUGUUUGGGGGAAAAAAUCGAUCAGGACUGGAUGUAAGGAUGUAAAGUGGAUGACUUCUGCAAUGGCUACCACCAUAUGGCAUGCUGUAACUCACCACAAACAGGCCUGUGAUGUACAGUUAAAUAAAUACAGAUGUCAGAUAUAAGCUAUUAUAAUAAGCUGUAGUUAGGUGAUGAAUGACUUUUGGGUGAAGAAGCUUCAUUUACUCGUAAGAGUCUAAAUGUUGUCCACUUUUCUUGGAACACAUACCAUGUAAAGGGUAUGAAGGGUAUCAUGAGCAACCUCAUUAUGCUAUGAAAACAUUUUCCAGUGUUUGGGGAGAACAGUAGCUGACGAAAAAUGUAUUUUCAUCACAUGAACAAACCUUAAAGAAUCCUAGAAUGAUAUGGAGGAGUGUGAAAACACUAGGACACGUCCAGUAAGCGGUUAAUGCGCAGAACUAUAAAUGCAAAGCAAAAGCAAAUUGAUAACAAGAGAAAAGAUGCAAAGUGAUAUGAUCAGCGAUGGCUGCUGUUGCGUGUUACAGUUUCACGAAAGGUUGUUUACAAAAUGAAACCAUCAACAGGCCUUCUGAUUCAAAGAUAUUUGCAGAUUCAGGUUUGGAUUGAUGGGUGGCAUCAUCAGUAGAAAAAAAAGAAAAGUGAAAUGGUAUGGCUCCUUGUUAAACUGUUGUUGUGAUGCCCUGAAGCACGGAGCUGCAACUCUGACAAUUUCAGCCGAGCUGCCGGUAUCAGACUUCAGAGGUCGAAGUUUAAACGCGGCAGCUCCCAGGUGUGAAUGAGUGUUGCUAUCAAUUAGAGCAGCUGGAUGCUGAGAAAGUCAAGCGUGGUCAGCAACAGUACCUGAAGGAAGGAAAGUUUAAAAAAAAACACACUAGCAUCAAAGCUGACGUCUGUCCUCUCUCAUAUUACACAACAGAUUUCGCUUCAGCAGUCAGUCUUUGAAGUUCUUUUCAAAGACUUUUUUUUUCAGCCUUUAUGAUUCGUCUGUGCAUUUAAGGUGAUCUGAUUUGUUAUGAAGUGGGAGUUCUUUCAGUCAAUCAACAUUUAAACCAGUGUUGUGAUUGUUUUAGAUAAAGGCAGCAGAAGGUGUUGACAUUUUUAAUCAAUGCACUCAAAAGCAUUUCUCUAAAAAAAAAGAAAAAAAAAAAAAAAAAAAAACAUUGCAUUGCGCUAUGUAACCCUGAUUCAUCCCCCCAAAAAAAGCAUGUUUGUCAAAACAGGUUUGAAGAUGCAUUUGAGACAUUGUGCAGUGAUAAAGGCUCCAAGUUUGGUUCUAUUUUUGUUUUUGUACCUUAAUAGCUGAUUUAUCCAAGAGUUUUACAACCCAACAAGCAUUUAGAAGAUGUUCAGGGAGGUCACCAAUUCAUGGUUGACUGACACGAACACAACAAAACACUAGGGCACAUUAAAACUUGUGUCAGAAAUCAAAUGAUCAACGACUAAAACCUAAAUCUCAACCUUGAUUUCGGCAUUUGAAAGCUGAUGCAGGUGGACAUCAAAGUUUAACUCAAACAAACGUUUUUUAUCCAGAGAACGCCGUUGAAACAUGAACGAACCCAAAGAACGAAGAAAACAAUCACUGUAGAUCAGAGCAGUGUACUGUUUACUCUUUGGGGGGUAGUGAAGUCUUCAAAAUUCAGUUCCCUGCUGCUGCUAACUGGGGCCAAGUAAAAAACAUGUUUGUUGUUGCGGUAUCCAGUUUUAAUUAUCAUCUUUAUGCUGAUGAUGCAUGCGUAUAUUUCUGAGGCGUUGAAGGGACUCCAGCAGAAGUAUUUCCAACCUCGUGUACUUUAGGUAAAUGGGUAAAGCAAUUUACCAGGAGCAGUUUAUAUACUUGCUUUUUCACAAUGUGCUCACAUAGAUAAGCAGCAUUAUUCAUACCUGCUUACUUUAUGUCUACCUGUAGGGUCAAGAAAUAGAAGGCAGAUCAAGACAAGGCUAACGCCAGAACAGAGUCAUACUUUACUGCUCAUCUGUUUAUACAUCUUGCAUUUUGGUGGGAAGAGCAAUCAACGCUCCAUCAUGCACACACAUAUGUAUUGUUAAAAGCAAGUAUAUAAGCACUCUGACCCUCACAAGGUUUGUGGUUGUAUUCCCAAUGAAGACACCAAGGGCAAAAAUGUCAAUAUAAGCUCACUUUGGACAUGUGUGUCUUCUCUGCAGGGAAAACCGCGGUGUCAUUUUAACUCUGGUGGGCGGUAACGGAAAAAUCAACAAAUCAGGAAUUUCAAUUUUCAAAUUAAUAUCGGUAAAAACUUGGUAAUAGGAGUUGUAUUAUCCUGACAGUGUUGUGUCCUACCUGAACUUGUGGAUGUUGGUACAGUGGUGACAGUCACUGCGAUGUUAAUGGUGCUGAAAACGACUCUGUGUCAACAAUGAUUAUGUCAUGUCGAACAUGAUAAUGGCUAAUGUACAGAUAAUGCAUCAACCACCCAAUCGUGGGCCGAGGGAGCGAGGCUUCGCUCUCUCCGAUUGGGCAAUGAGCCAGUCCUUUGUCGUCGAGGUAAAAUAACAGUUAAAAGUGGUGCGCUGAAUAUAUAUAUAUAUCAACUUGAACAAAUCAUGUUAAAAAGUAAACAGUGAGUUUAAAAACUCAUAUCAUCUUUUAUUAAUUGAUGCAAGUAUUUAUGUUUAUUUAUUUUUGUAUUUGUUUUAUAUCUAUUUAUCUAUUGUUUACUCACUCGGUGGCCAUGUCUUUGGUAUGACUCUUAUAUUAAGAUGUAAAAACUGAAAAUAGAUUUUUUUUUACUCAUUCUAUAUAUCUGUAUAUAUAUACCAGCGUGGCGCUAUACUAGGAUGUGUGUAUGUGUAUGAGUACGUGUGCUUUGGUUUGUAUGUAUGUAUUGUAUGUACUGUAUGUAUGUCAGGAUGUGCUCUAAGUUCUUUUGAUAAUGCUGCUUAAACAUCCUCGGAGUGAACGAGCAGAAAAAUAAAACCAGUGGUGAAAAUAUCUAUGACGCUGUUAAAAAAGAACUCAACAAGCUGUGCUGAUAACUGUAGAUGGGAACAAUACUGUAGUAAACAUGGCUGAAACAGCCGUCCAAAAUAAAGUGCUGCGCCUUGUGUUUUCUUUUACAGCAUUCAACGUAGAAAGUUACUUUUUACACAUAUAUUGUUCUAAAGUACAAAGUUACCUGUUGCGAAGAUUUCCAGUUUGUUGUUUUAUUCUACAGGAGAGGGAAAUUUGUUACAUAUAUUGCACAGUAUGCGAUGGCUGUACAUGCUUUACUGAUUUACAUACUAAACACAUAGAAAAUUCACAAUAUGGUGCAGAUCUAUACAUUAAA